UAUAGUUGCGUAAUUUUAGAUACCGUCAUUCUAAGUGAGCGAUAACGCGAUAUAUAAAAGAAUGCGCGCGCCGGCUUUCUUUAUUUUCUCGCUGUGCAAAGUUCGCGCGAAUAACGGUGCAUUCUAAAGGCGCGGAAGCAGCGCGACGAAAUAUCAUUCUCGAAGGAUUGUCUGAAGACGAGAUGUUGCGAAUACUUGUGACCCUGGUCGUCGCGAGCGCAGCGAUGGCCCAAGUGCCAUUCUUAGGAAUAUGCCCGAAUUUGGAAACGAUGCCAAAUUUCGAGAUCGAGAGGUAUUCGGGCAAAUGGUACGAAGUCGAGAGGUACUUUGCAUUGUUUGAGUUUGGUGGAAAAUGCGUGACGGCUACUUACAAUAUGAGUGAAAACGGCUCGAUAAAGAUCCUCAACAAGCAGAUCUCCGCGCUAACCGGAGUCGCAUCGAGUAUUGAGGGCAUUGCAAGGUUAAUUGGCAGAUCCGAUGACCCGAAAUUGACCGUCACUUUUCCAUCCUUGCCGCUACCGAUCGAUGCACCUUAUUGGGUCCUGGACUCGGACUACAAGUCGUACGCCGUAGUAUGGAGCUGUACGAAUCUUGGGGUGUUCAACAUACGGAACGUGUGGAUCCUGACGCGGGAACCAAAGCCGCCGAUCGCAGUAUUGGAGAAGGCGUACCAAGUUAUCGAUAAGAACAACAUCAGUAGGGCGUACUUUAUUCGCACGGAUCAGAAAAAUUGCCCAGAUUCGUAUUAAGGAUGGUCUAAGACAUCUCUCAUGGAAACAUAUGUUCAUAUCGGGGAAAAUGUGUAUCUUUUGCGGUACGGUCUCGUAUACGAGCCUCGCUGAUUGGAACAUCCGCAGGUUGCUACAACACGAGCGGCGGUUUCAAUCGUGAUUAUGCAACCAUUACGAUUUCAUAAUCAACAUCGAGUGUUCGAAUUAACGUGACAUGCAUGCAAAUAUUUAUCAAUUAAUAUUGCAUUCGAAGUGAAAACACGGCUACAUAUGCGAGCAACAUGUAGCCGCAAUGUUAAAUAUUUCAAGUUGUAGUUUGUCGUGACUGUGAUUUUAGAAACGUGAAAAUGCACGGGAAAUUUUGAUCGUC